UUGUGUCUUUCACUUACUGUGAUGUGUUGUCACUAACUGUAAAUGUAAAUUUUACCAAUGGCUUUCUUUAAAUUUAAAUCCAAGUGUGAUUCAGUGUUUUUUAAAAUGUCGCCAAAUGUUUGAAUAAGUUAGUAGUAAAUUAAGUUUUUUGGUUAAUAUGCAGUGGGUUCCGUACGGUGAUAUUAAUCGGUUUUUUCGAAGAGUUAAAUCUGAUGUUACAAGGAGCAAUGUUUAUAGAGCACUUAGAAGGAGGUUUUCACAAAAUGAUGACGCAACGAGCGCCAACCCCUCCUGCGGCGCCCCAUUGGCGUCCACCGACGACUUGGCAACCUCGACCGGCGACUCCAACGUCGUCGGCGAGAAGAGGGUCAUCUUCGUCAAUCGGCCGCAGCCGAACAAGUUCUGCAACAAUCAUAUCUCUACGGCCAAAUAUAGCACUUUAAGUUUUGUACCAUGUUUCCUCUUCGAGCAAUUCAGAAGAUACUCGAACUGUUUUUUCCUCCUGAUCGCCCUGCUGCAGCAGAUUCCUGAUGUAUCUCCGACAGGAAGAUACACGACGCUGGUGCCCUUGCUUUUUAUAUUGGCAGUCAGUGCUCUGAAGGAGAUUGUAGAAGAUUUUAAGAGGCAUCGAGCUGAUGAUGAGAUUAAUCAUCGUUGUGUGGAAGUUCUAAGGAAUUCGAAAUGGGAGAGUAUCAAGUGGUUGAAGCUGUCUGUUGGUGAUAUUGUUAAAGUUACCAAUAAUCAUUUUUUUCCUGCUGAUCUGCUGUUAUUGGCAUCCAGUGAGCCCCAAGGCAUGUCAUUCAUCGAGACCGCCAAUCUGGACGGCGAGACAAAUCUGAAAAUCCGUCAAGCAGUUCCCAGAACCGCCAGCAUACAGAAUGCAACAGAACUAGGAGAAUUAACCGCCACUUUGGAAUGCGAACCACCAAACAGACUCCUUUACGAAUUUGCUGGCGUCUUAAAACCUCACGGAGAACAGGCUAUAGCUUUGGGUCCUGAUCAACUCCUACUCCGUGGAGCAAUGUUGAGGAACACAAGUUGGGCUUUCGGAGUUGUCGUCUAUACUGGUCACGAUACCAAAUUGAUGCAAAAUUCGACAUCAGCACCUUUGAAGAGAUCAACUGUUGAUAAAUUGACCAACACGCAGAUUUUGAUGUUGUUCUUCAUUUUGUGCGUACUGUGUUUGCUGUCGGCGAUUUUCAAUGAACUUUGGACGCAGAAAAGGGCGCAGAGCGACUGGUACAUCGGAUUGACGAAUAUAACAACUGUCAACUUAGGUUACAACUUGUUGACCUUCAUCAUCUUGUACAACAAUCUCAUACCCAUAUCUUUGCAAGUGACUUUAGAAGUAGUACGAUUUAUGCAGGCGAUUUUUAUAAACAUGGACGUCCUAAUGUAUCAUUCAGAGUCCGAUACACCAGCCAUGGCCAGGACAUCGAAUCUAAACGAGGAAUUGGGAAUGGUUAAAUACGUUUUCAGUGAUAAAACAGGAACUUUGACCAGGAAUGUUAUGAAGUUGUCGAAGUGUUCUAUUGGUGGAAUUAUUUAUUCCUGUCCUGAUUGUCCUGAAGGCAGCUUUAGGGACAGUCCGGUUGAUGGACUUGAUAUCGAGGAUGCUCAGAAAAGUGAUCUGGUUCAGAAUCUACUCAACAAUCACCCAACAGUCGACUUGCUUAAAGAAUUUAUGAGUUUGCUAUCGGUUUGCCAUACAGUGAUUCCUGAGAAGAGCGAGGAUGGUAAAAUACAUUACCAUGCAUCAUCACCAGAUGAAAGAGCUUUAGUAAGUGGUGCAAAGAAAUACGGUUACUCAUUUGAAACCCGGACACCACAUCACGUUGAGGUCAACGCUUUGGGUGAAAUUUUAAAAUUUGAGAUAUUGAAUGUUCUCGAAUUCACUUCAACCAGGAAAAGAAUGUCUGUUGUUGUUAGAACACCACAGGGCCAAAUCAAAUUAUAUUGUAAAGGAGCAGAUACUGUGAUAUAUGAAAGGUUAGCCAAAGAGGAUACGAAAUAUCGAGAAGUCACUCUGAAACAUUUGGACGAAUUUGCUCGAGAAGGCCUGAGGACGUUGUGUUGUGCUGUUGCUGAUGUUAAUCAUGAAUUUUAUGAGGAAUGGAAACACAUAUACCACAAGGCAGCUACAAGUUUACAAGAUCGUGAAUUGAAAAUCGAAGAAGCAGCUAAUCUCAUAGAAACUAAUUUAAAACUUUUAGGAGCCAGUGCUAUCGAAGACAAACUACAAGAAGGUGUACCAGAGACAAUAGCAGCCUUGAUCAAAGCAGACAUUGCCGUCUGGAUUUUAACCGGAGAUAAACAAGAAACAGCUAUAAAUAUUGGAUAUUCUUGUCGUCUCAUUGUUCAUGGGAUGCCUUUGAUAGUCCUUAAUGAAGACAGUUUAGAUAGCACCAGAGACACGAUAUCCAGACACAAUGCUGAUUUCGGGGAGCAGCUUGGUAAACAGAAUGAGGUAGCUUUAGUCGUAGAUGGUAAAACUUUGAAAUACGCCUUGGCUUGUGAUCUCAGGAGGGACUUUGUGGAUCUUUGCACUUCUUGCAAGGUUGUCAUAUGCUGUAGGGUCUCACCGAUACAAAAGGCAGAGGUUGUCGAUCUAGUCACCCAACACACUGGCAGUGUGACAUUGGCCAUUGGAGAUGGUGCCAACGAUGUGGCCAUGAUCCAAAAAGCUAACGUUGGUGUUGGCAUAUCAGGAGUCGAGGGUCUUCAGGCUUCUUGUGCCUCUGAUUAUUCUAUAGCACAGUUUCGAUUUCUCCAAAGGCUGCUGCUGGUGCACGGAGCCUGGAACUACAGUCGAAUGUGCAAAUUAAUUUUAUACAGUUUCUACAAAAAUAUUUGUCUUUACGUAAUCGAGUUGUGGUUUGCCAUUUAUUCCGGAUGGUCUGGUCAAAUUUUAUUUGAACGCUGGACUAUUGGUUUAUAUAAUGUUCUGUUUACUGCAAUGCCUCCUUUGGCAAUGGGAAUAUUUGAUAAAGUCUGCUCUGCCGACACCAUGAUAAAAUAUCCGGCCUUGUACAAACCGUCCCAGAGUGCCCAAUUAUUCAAUGUCCGAGUAUUCUGGGUAUGGAUCUUCAACGCCUUACUCCACUCUAUCUCAUUGUACUGGUUACCUCUGUUUAUCUGUGAUUAUCACGUUUUGUGGAAAAAUGGAAAGGAAGGUGGAUAUCUCGUCUUGGGAAAUAUGGUUUACACGUAUGUGGUUGUGACUGUUUGUUUAAAAGCUGGUUUAAUCUUCAACUCGUGGACCUGGCUGAGCCAUUGUUCCAUCUGGGGUUCGAUACUCUUAUGGUUCCUCUUCAUACUUAUUUACAGUAAUUUCUGGCCAAUAAUACCAGUGGGUGCAGUCAUGCAGGGCACCGACAGAAUGCUGUUUUCAACUCCUGUCUUCUGGUUAGGAUUGAUUCUGAUACCGGUUGCUACAAUGAUAUUAGAUGUCACCGUCAAAGUAAUUCGAAGUACAGCAUUCAAAACUCUGACCGAGCAAGUUCGAGAAUCAGAAAUCAAGAAAGCUGAUCCGAGUGAUGUUUUGCACAGAGUGGAGAAGCCAUCACGCCAAAUGGUUGCUUUGGGUGCUUUAUCCAGAUAUGGCUUUGCGUUCUCCCAAGAGGAAGGUGGCGCCAUCACCCAGGCGGAGGUGAUACGAGCUUACGACACGAAUUUACCAAAACCGGAAGGAUUAUAAAAUUCGUCAGAUAUUCGUCAUAUUUAUCAUUGUUGUCGUUGUUAUUGAUAAUUGUUUAUUCGAUUAGUUUUUAUCUUUCGUGAUGGUGAGAGUUUAGUAGUCAACAAAAAAAAACGAACUGGUUAGAUCACACUUGGAGAAAAAUAAAAUGAAGCAAUGGUUCAUUUCUAAGAUACGGUUUUAAUUCGGCAUGUGCAUGAUUUUGUUUGGUCGAGAUGGUGCGUUUUUUUCGGUUUUGUAGAUGCAACUUUUUUUAGGAUUGAGAUAGACAAAUAUUGUCUUUGGCUGGUAGAAACUAGAUAAAAUUCUCUAUGAAACGGUAUAAUUGAAAUUUGGAUAAGAUAUAUUAGAAGAGUUCUACUAUAUACUUCAG